ACUCCGGUUUGACGAGCUGCGGUUGUUCUCAAUACAAAGCGAGCAGAGCCGGAGAAACACUUUAAAUUUAUUAUAAAAUAAACACAUGAGCACGUUGCGCUGAAUUGAGACAUUAUCCGCAAAAUGAAAGUACUAAUUAUGGCGGCUUUUGUGUGAAAAAUGUCCGACCGAGGAAACAGAAAAUCAAACAGAAACUGCGCAGUCAUAAUUUAAUGGGAGCGGUGACCUGAGCAGAUAUGGCAGCCGACGACAAGGUUGCCAUCCUGACAGACGACGAGGAGGAGCACAAGAGGAAGUAUGUGCUGGCUGAGCCGUUCAACACUUUGUCAACGGAGCAGCAGGCUAGCGUUGCGCCGGCGCCUGCCUCAGACGUACCGCCUGAACAGCCACCGGCCUCCAAGCCCGACUCCAUAGACUGCUGCGAGAGGAUGUGCCUGCGCAUCAACAGCCACCUCCUCGUCUCCAAAGUCUUCUACUUCUUCUUCUACGCCGCCUACGGCUCACUGCACCCUCUGCUGGCUGUGUACUACAAGCAGCUCGGCUUGUCGGCCAGCCGCAGCGGGCUGCUCGUCGGCAUCCGCUACUUCAUCGAGUUCUGCAGCGCCCCCUUCUGGGGUGUGGUGGCGGACCGCUUCAAGAAGGGCAAAGCCGUCCUCCUGUUUUCUGUCCUGUGCUGGUUGGUGUUCAACUGCGGCAUUGGCUUUGUCAAACCAGCUGAGAUGAAGUGUGAGGAAAAAGGUGCUGCCCCUCUGACGACGGUGGCGCCGGUGAUGACGACUCACCCUCACGGUAAUUUCACGGACCCGAGCAACUCCACCAACCGCACUAGAAGCCGGCGGAGCUUUCUCGACCCUCAUGGUGUUCCCGAACUCCUGAACUCCUUUUUCAGGGAACCCCACAGGCAUGAGCGAAGCGUAGACGUCACACAGCCCACUCCAAACACCACCUACCCCAGCACGACCACCACCACCUCCUCUGCUCCAACCAAAGCCAAGGAGUACCAGAUCAUCUACAACAAGGACCAGGUGGAGACCAUCUUCCUGCUCAUCCUACUCGUCAUCAUCGUGGGCGAGUUUUUCAGCGCUCCCGCCGUCACCAUCGUGGACACCGUCACCCUGCAGUACCUGGGUAAAGCUCGCGACCGUUACGGCCUGCAGAGGAUGUGGGGCUCGCUGGGCUGGGGUCUGGCCAUGCUGCUGGUGGGCAUCUGGAUCGACCACACACACAUCAAAGUGAUGAUCGACGGCAUGGGCUGCGACGUGCCCGACUUCCGCCUCCACAACUACCAGAUCGCCUUCAUAGUGUUUGGUGUGCUGAUGGGUGUGGCGUUCAUCGUUGCCACUCAGUUUUACUUCGAAAAAGGAGCCAACUACCAGCAGGAGCUCCCAGAGGGGGUGGUGGCAGAGGCGGACAGCCCAAGAGCGUUACCUGAGUCCAGCUCCUCGGACCAGACUCCCAUCAGCCCCGACGCCGCUGAGGAGUUCCACUACAGCGAUCUGCUGAAGCUCCUCUGCAGCGUGCGCUACAGCUCCGUCCUGUUCGUCGCCUGGUUCAUGGGCUUCGGCUACGGCUUCGUCUUCACCUUCCUGUACUGGCACUUAGAGGACCUGAAGGGGACCACCACGUUGUUCGGGGUCUGCUCCGUCCUGAGCCACAUCUCAGAGCUUGCCGCCUACUUCACCAGCCACAAGUUCAUCGAGCUGGUCGGACACGUCAGGGUGCUGUACAUCGGCCUGGCCUGCAACACAGCUCGCUACCUGUACAUCUCCUACCUGCAGAACGCCUGGACCGUCCUGCCCAUGGAGGUCCUUCAAGGUCUGACCCACGCCUCAGUUUGGGCAGCCUGUAUCUCCUUCCUGAGUGCGGCGGUCCCGCCGGCCCUGAGGACAUCGGCGCAAGGCAUCCUGCAGGGCCUUCACCUCGGCCUGGGCCGCGGCUGUGGAGCCAUGGUGGGAGGAGUGUUGGUCAACUACUUUGGUGCUGCAGAGACGUUCAGAGGGAUAGGCAUGGCCUCCCUCGUAAUCCUCCUCAUCUUCUCCCUCAUCCAGUGCUGCGCCGGAGACAAUGAGAAGAAAGAGGACAAAAUGCUGGCUGAGAACAUCCCGGUCCCCUCCAGCCCGGUUCCCAUCGCCACCAUCGACCUGGUGCAGAGCCAGAACGCAGCCGGUAGCCCCGCCCCAGCCUGCCAGGCCGCUGUGGUGCCCAUCAAGAAGACCAAACACCAGGAGGAGCAGGAGGACGUGACCAGGCCGGCCUGGGUGCUCUCUGGUGCCCCCUGGGUCACCGUCGCCUUCGCCAUCGUCCAGAUCAGGGAGAUGAUGAACAUGGCAAAGGGCGGCGGACCGCCUCCAGAGACUCAACCACUUCAGGUACCUAAUGAGCAGGCGUCGGCUGAGCACGAGGCGGUGGCGACAGCACGCAGACACCCGAGCGAUGACGGCACAGAUCCACCAGCCACCUCAGAAACACCCACACAAACGAACACCACCCGCCUGGCACCCACAGACUCUAACGAGGACAAAAACCAAACGCACCCGUCCUCAGACAGAGGAGGGCCGAAAGAAAACCCAGCCUUCGCAGCAGAAAACACAGACUGACCGUUUUUAAUUCACACAAACUGAGCUUAAACUCUUUGUGUGCUAAACAUCCGUCUCAACAAGUCACUUUGCCUCAAAUUCAGUCUUCAGAUCCAAGUAAAACUCUGCUGCUGUGGUGUAACAGUUCCACUUCAGUUUAAUUUAUGUUGGAUACUUCCUAGGAAUCAGUCAAUAUGUGGACACAGCACUGUAUUUAUAGAGAUUUAUUGUAAACGUUUGCUUAAUAAGGCAGUGAUGUCUAGAAAAAUCUGGAAAGAAGUAACUCAUUUUUUAAGCGGUUGUUAGACUCAUGGCUGUUUUAAUGGAUUGUUUUUGGGGAGUUUGGGUUGAAUGUUUGGAUGAAGCUGAAGGCACGUUUGGUGGCGUUUUCCCCUCAGAGCGCCGUGCACUACAUUUACUGCCUUUCAGUGAGUGUGAAGCAAAAUAUGUGCCUCUUGAUAAGUUAUUAACUUGAUUUCCUUAAAAGUGAAGAAAAGUGAUGAAAUCAAACAAAAUGGGAAUUUAAUUCAGUUUGGUUCUGCUGUAACACUUUUCGAGAACUAAGGAUAGAAGGUAGUCGCCAGCACUAAAUUGAAAAAAUUAAAAUGCAUUUAUAAGAAUUUACUAGUGACUGAGAUUAUUCUCGGACACAAAUCCUCACAUUUUUGAAUUGCAGGAGUGACUUUUACUGUGCUGUAAUACAGAGGUUCAGUUGUUUUUGCACCACAAACUGUUUUUAUGUUGAUUUGUUUGUUGUUGUGGACCAGAUGACAGGUGCUUUCAAUUUCUUUUCAUGUGAAGUAGCAGCAGCAGGAAAUAUUAGGCUUGCAUUAGCAUUAGCUCAAAGCAGCUCUGACAUGGUGUAAAGGAAGUGAACAGUAAAGUGAGGUGGGUGUCACCAAGACGAAAUUUUAAAAAACAUGCAAUGCUGGAUUAAUCACUUUGUCAUUGCAAGAGUGGCGGACCCCGCCACCAACACUGAGGGCUAAUUAGAGAACACCAGGUUUGAUUUAAUGAAUAUUUUCAGGUUUAUAACUCUGUUACUUACAUUCUAGUUACGUCUUGAUAUGAGUUAGAACAUAAGCGGCUAAUUGUGGAAUCAUUACUAAAUUAAAAAGAAUGCAGAUCGACCCCUGAGGUCGUGUCCUCAAACAGAUAUAAUGUACAGCUUGAUGCUAAAAGCUGGUCAUAACAGACGGGUUAGUUAUGUACUGACGACCUACUUUAGUUGCACAUCAGCAUGUGGUCAAAUUCAUGCUGCAAACUUUGGCGUUUGCAGGUCUUGAAAUGUUUUGUUUGGCACCAUCAGACCUGCAGCAAACACUCUGGCAGCUGGGAUGCUCAAAGCAAAAAUGAACUGAAAUGAAUUGAUAAUUUUUAUUGGAUAAUCAAGGAUUUUAUGUUGCUUUUUGGCUGCAUUAAUUUCAUUGUUUAUAUCAUUAGAAAUUAUUCUUAUAUACCGCUGGGAAAAACUGGGAAAUAUACAAGUUUUCCAUCAUACUUAAGUGAUCCUGAAGCGGGUAUUAAAUUGCACUCUGUUUAUGAUCCUACAAAUUUAUUUAAUUAUUACUGAGCCUCUUUUGCAUAAUUGCAUCGUUUCCUCGCAGACAGGCACCAUCAGUUUCCAGUGCAGGUUGACGUGACAGGAAGAAGCAGGAAGUCGUAUUCAAAAGCCGUUAAAUCCUCCCACCUUUUGUUUCAGACUUCGUCACUUCUUUUGAAACAAAAAUCCAGUUUUGUGCGUAUUUGUAUUAUUUCCUGAAGAGCGGUGAUGAAGAAGUGCCUCUUUCUAACAAACUGUUAAUCGUCAUCAUUCUUCUGACUGAUUAUUAUGAGAUGUCAAGCAAGGAUCCCUUUACUGUCCCACACUCCUCCAGAAAAAUCUGUCAUCUUCAACGCAGCAGGCUGAGGGUCUUAUUAAAGCCUCAUUCCAAUAUUUUUGUCUUGAAGCUGCCAAUAGCCAACGCAGUACAUUUACUGUCUUUGUUUUCAUGCCAAACAAUUCCCAACAUUCAGUGUUUUUGUGUCGUCUGUGUGGAAGAAACCUCAGAAACAGAAUUAGAUGAAGAAAUUCUGUUAACAGUAGAUUAAAUCAUUAAAGGACGUUCUGAAAACUGUAAA